AUGCAUUUUGUGUGUGUAUGUAUCAAAAUUUGUAGAACUCAAUGCAGUCACUAUUUUUUCUGAAAGUUAUGCCUUUCCAAGGGUUGCAAAUGCAAAACUUAACAAUUUUUCUCGCCUGGAGCCCACACUUCAACUCCUUGGUGUACAGUUUAAUGAGAAUGUGGCCCAAGACAUAAUGACAGGACGGCAUGGAGCUGCAACAAAGCUUUUAUAUGAAUUGUAUAUUGCUUUAGAAAAAAAGAGAAAAGCAAAGCUCACUGGAGUAGCCAUGGAAGGAAUGAGACCUGCAGCAACUGCAAAGCUUAAGUCUAUUCCAAGUGUUUUGUAUCGUGAGCGUUUGAAAACUUUAAUGCCACGUCGGACUGAUUUGCAACUACAGCAUAUUUCAGAGCAUUUUGAAAUAAAAUCUAAGGCAAUAGAAGAAAAGACAGCUCGUAUACAUGUUGCAGAACAACAGAAAGCUCAGAAGCUCCAAGAGGAACAAAGAGCCCAAGACAUCGAAAAGCGUCGCAUAGGAAGAAGGAGACAAAACGAAAUCAUGGCCAGGAUUCAAGCAGCCAUUAUACAAGUUCCAAAGCCACCGCCAAACCACACCAUAAAACCUAUUGAAGCCAAAACAUUCUUAAAAAAGAAAAGAGAAGCAGAGGACACAUACAAGGAGAUUAAAAAGUUUGAGAAUGAUAUACAAGAAUCAUUGCAAACACAGAAUUUGCAGGCAACAACCCUAGAAACUAAAACACAGACAGGAACUGAGCUGUUAAAUGUUUAUUCAGACGAUCAAUACAUCAGAAAAAUUCAAAAGCGUUUGGAGGAAGAUACAUUUGCUAGGGAGCAACGAGAAAAGAGACGACGAAAAAUGCUAAUGGAACAGUUAAUAGCACAUGAAGCACAACAGGAGGCCUACCGGGAGGAACAACUUAUUUACAGACUAAUGAGAGAAUCUCAGCAAGAGAGGCGGAUUGCUGUUCAACUCAUGCAUGUUCGACAUGAAAAAGAGGUGUUAAGGCAAACCAGAAUUUUCAGGGAAAAGCAAUAUGAAGAAAGACGACAGAAAGAGUUCCAGGAAGCCCUUGAUAGAGAAGCGGCUCUGGCUAAACAAGAGAAAAUUGAUAAUGAAGAACAAAUUAUCAAAGAAAGAGAGCGUCAUGAGAAAAUAGCUGUUGAAAGAGCUCAAGCUCGUUAUAAAAAACAUUAUUCUAUGUGUUGGGAAGUGGUCGACCAAAUCGUUAAUUUGUCAACAGAAGUAGGAGAAUAUCGUAAACUGACAAACAACAAAAUUCCAUUAAAACUGAUGCGUGAUUGGAAGGAAUUUUUUUUUAAUGGAAAACCAAUAUAUGAACAAGCUUCAAUUCAACCUUUGCCAAAUGAUCCAAGCCCAGAACAACUUGUAGAGUUAAAUAAAAUGAAUCUGUUAGAUGAAAAAGAUUAUAGUGAAUACAAGGUACAUCAAACUGAUAAGACAUAA